AUGGCCGGGUGGAAGCAGGCUACAGUUUUGGCGAGUAAGGGUGUUGGUCAAGGAGGCGGUCCUGGAUAUGGGACUGCUUCUGAGCCUGUCGCCUGGAGGGAUAGGGAUGAGGAUAGAGAUAGAUACUUAGAAACAGGAGCCAGGCUUCAAGUUUUGGAUGGCCGAGAAGAGAGGAUCAACGCACAAGGAUUCCGAUUGCGCGAGAAUCACAUGAUUGGCGAUAGCUCUCUCACUGGUGCAGAGCUCAAAGAGAAAAGGAGCGGAUGGAAAAAAUUCGUUGGCGGCAUGGGGUACAGAACAGGUGGCGCAAGGAAUGAUGAGGUCAAGAAGCAGAGUUUGAAGGCUGUUGUCGAUGUGACUAUGGAGAAGGAAAAAGAGAAGGCCCAGCGAGAAAGAGACAAGGAGGAAGCUUAUGCACAAGCCGCCCUGAAAUGGGCAGAACGAGAGAGGGAAUUGCAAGCUCAAGGUCAUACACUUCCUGGAAUUCAAUCGCCAGUUCAGAGUCUAUCCCAGACUACAACUUCUCGGCGGGAGAUGGAAACAACACCAGUGAGAAGCUCACGCGUAGGAAAUUUCCAAGCGGUAUCUGGAUCUAUUGAAUAUCGACCUCCGGCUAGGACUUUGACGCAGAUUUCUUGCACAGAGCCGGGAGAAGGAGAAAAAGAGAGACAGACAGUUGACAGAGAGCGAGGUGCAGGGGGGUCAUUGGAUCGAAUCCGUGGGGUGGGUAAGUGGGGCAACGUUGGGAGAAGUAGGGAGGAGGAUGGAGACACGGCUACGAUUCUCACAACUUGGUCUAUGGUUUUACCUCGAAAACUCGCUGUCUCACAAGGUAGUGGUCACUCUAAAGGUGUCUCUGCGGGCAACACUACGCAAACUGUGGUGAAAAUCCCAGAAGAGACGCAACCAUAG